AUUGCAGGAGGUUCGGCUGGAAGUUUUAAAGAAGCUGCUGCAGAGGCGAGUGGAGAAUCAGAAUGAGCUGGAUCCCAAGCGCUUGGAUGACCACUGGCAAAGUUAUCAGAAGGCUAAAGAAGAGAAAAUAAAAAAGAUUCAGCAUGACUGUACACUGAUGCUCAGGAAACUGAUAGCUAAGAGAAAAAAUGUGAUGGGGAAGCUAGAGAGACGAGAUAUCAUCAAAGAGUAUACAGACUUUGAAUCACAAACAUAUGCUCCUUUGUCUAGAAUUGGUUAUUUCCCAGACAACAAUUCUGAACGCUACGUGGUAAAAAGCGCCUAUCUUAACACCUUUGCAGGACUGUGUGAACUGGAAGCAUCGCUCCCAGAUUCUGUCACGCAGCUCAAGAUUAAAGCUCCAAAACCUAAGUACACUACCACUAAGACUGGAUUUGUUAAAAGAUCAGCAAGGCUAGAGGUGGUGCUGGCACAAGUUCACCAGGCACUGCUGGAGAGGAAGAAUAAAGUCAAGGAGCCAAAGAAGCCCCUCCGUUUCCUUGAAAAAAUAGAAAAGCCUGUUCCUCGGCCACCUACUCCAAUCCUGGAAAACCCCUCAAUUGAGGAAGAGGAAACAGAACUGGCAGUGAUCUGUCUGCAGAGGUUGCUCCGAGGCAGGGCUAUUCAGAACAUGAUGUUUGAAGAGAAGGAGAAGCGGCUGGAACUGAUCCGAGAGCUGCGCACCACUCACGCGCUCCAUGAGGAUGGACAGCUGCUUUUGAAGGCAGAGGAGCAAAUGACACUGGCUCUACAGCAACAGCAUGACUUGCAAAUGCACAAGCUGUCAUUAAUGGAAAAGCACUUGGCCAGGGAAGAAGGAAGAGCACUGGCGAACAUGCUUGAUUUCCUAUCCAAAGAGCUGCUGAGGCUGCAAGAAGAACAGAAGAUUCACGCUUUUGUCAUGCUGGCUGAGAGGCAGAGGCGGAUGCGGGAAGCCGAGGAGAGCGGACGUCGUCAGGUGGAAGAGAGGCGGCGUCAGAAAGAAGAUGAGAUUUUCAAAGAGGUGGUGAAAGUGCAGCAGCGCACUAUUGACUCCUACUUGGAAGACAUUAUCCUGAGUAGCCUGGAGAACACUGCUGAAGAACAAGCCAGGGAAGAGGUUCAGAGAAUGGCAGUAGAAAUCAAUGACAUUGCUUACGAAAUGGAAAGUCGUCGGACUCGCCUACAGUCAGAAGAGAUUGUAGCAGAGCUGGUUUACGAUUUCCUGAUUCCAGAAGCUGAUAAAAUGUCUGUCAGAGAAAAAGUGAGGCAGUCCCAAGGAAAACACAUCUAUGCUGCUCAUCAAAUCAUCCACGGGGCCAUAGAGGAGGUGGUGACUGAUCAUCAGGCACUGCAUCGGGAGACAUCGGCCAGCAAGACAAAGGGAGAUCCUGCUGCUGGAACAGCUGCUGGACCAAGCGCAGCUGACAGCACUCGCUCUGCCCCAGUUACACGCGAAGCAGCUGAACCUGUGUGUGGUGAAAGCCCAGGAGAGACAGCAGUGAACCCUUCUGAUGGGUCAGACAAGGAUCCCACAGGCUCCUAG